AUGCUCACCAUUGGUAGAAAAAAUGGUAUUACCAACCGGGAAGAACCUCUUGCCACCUUGUUGACAAAUGACAUUAGCGCCAAGUCAUUGAAAGAGUUCUUUAUAGCCGUCAAGGAAAAAAUUGUUUUUCGCGAUAAACAGUUGUUGGUGGUUACUAAUGGAAUGGCUGCUAUCCUGACGAAUAUCAAAUACUUGCUGGCUGAUGCACAGGAAGUUUAUUCCACUACACAUAUGAAGCAACUUUUGGAGCAUACAGCAAAUAAAAGUUCCAAGUCCAACCAGAGAGCAUUAGACCAAAUUGUGAAACAAAUAAUUGAAGUUGCAGAAGCGGACACCAAACACGAUGCUGAUACCAGAUGGGCACAAUUACUUGAACAACAACAUGAGAAAGCUUACUUGAAAAACCUUUGGAAUCUCCGGUCUCGCUGGUGUCGUUCUUACAUUGGUAAUCAUUCAAAACAGUUGGACUUGAGCAAUGCUAUUGUUACAUGUAUCCAUAGAAAAAUAGAAGCACGUAGGUGGUUUGAAUGGGAACAUGUAUACUAUUUACUCAAGCAUAUGCUGCAGACAUACGAAGAAUACGCAAAGACGAAAUCUGAUAUAAUCAACAAGAUUGUUCCACGAUUUGUAACUAUUACUGAGUAUCAACAAAUUCAAGAUAUUAACCAGAACAUAAUCGGUUUAAUGCAAGAUCCCGAUAUUAACGGUGACACUUAUACUGUUGAAGACAAGGAGAAUUUGUAUUUUGUUAAGUUUGAUCUGGAUGAUAUCACUUGUACAUGUCAGAAAUUCCAUGAUACACAAAGCUGGUGCAAUCAUAUUGUACGUGUGAUCUAUCCUGAAAAUGACAACGCUAAAUUAUCUAUAAGAGCUUUGGACAGUGAUUUGGCCGAACCCGAAUACUACUCAUGUGUAGAGUACGAUUCAAUAUUUCAUUACCUCAAUCCUUAUAUUGAUCGCCUUAACAAGUAUAAGAAUGAGAUUAAAUUGCUUAAAGAAUACUAUCGAGAAAAGUCUGAGUACUUGGAUCGUAUCCAAGAAACAAGGCAUCUCAAGAGAAUAUUUUCUGAAGAAACCCAAUUUCUCAUGAAGGAAAUUGCACAAAAGAAGAAAGAACAAAACAAUAUCUCAGAUCCCAGGUCAUUGAUCAAGAGAAGUCGAUAUUAUGAGGACCCACAUUUCAGUGAAGAAUACCCUUUUUUUUAA